AAAGAGAUAGUUUUCAUGGAUGUCAUGUGAAAUGACGAAAGGGGGCAUGAGAGAUACAGCCGCGGAUCUGCAAGCUCAUCCUCCAUUUUCGAUUGGGCUCAGGAUAUUCUGCUGCUACCGGCCAAAGAUUUCACUCUGUUGCCGCUGAUAGUAUUUUGGAUUAGGGUUUUCCGGGGAUCUUCGCCGGCGACGAGAAAUGGUUUGUUCUAAGUCCACGACUGGGGAGAGUGUCCCCUGUGAUUUCUGUAACGAGCAGGUUGCGAUUCUGUACUGCAGAGCCGACUCUGCGAAGCUUUGUUUGUUCUGUGAUAAGCAUGUUCACUCUGCGAACUUGCUCUCUCGGAAGCAUGUUCGUUCUCAGAUCUGUGAUAACUGUAGGUCUGAGCCGGUUUCGAUUCGCUGUUCGACGGAUAAUCUCGUGCUCUGUCAGGAGUGCGAUUGGGACGCCCAUGGGAGCUGUUCGGUCUCCGCUGCUCAUGAACGGACUCCGAUUGAAGGCUUCACUGGCUGCCCUUCGGCGCUUGAGCUUGUUUCGUUAUGGGGCUUCGAUCUUGGAGAAAAGAAGAUGGAGGAAUCCGAGAUGUUGGUGCAAAAUUGGGUGGGCUCGCAGGACUUGGUUAUGCCGAUUGAUCAUUGGGCGUGUAGAGCUAGUGCGACUGCUUUUAACGACCUCGUUGUUCCGAAAGAUAACCCUUAUCUCUUCGCGAAUCUCAACUGUACAGAUUCUGCGUCGAUGUUGAAGAGGCAAAAUCCGAGCUGUGGAAAGCAUAAGCAAGUGUUAUACAAGCAAUUGGUUGAGCUGCUUAAGAGGGAUUUCGAAGGCGGCGACGAUGUUGUUGAUGAAACUCGCGAUGGCGAUGCAGGUGGUGAAGAGGUUGGAUUACAGAAUCUGGUUCCUGAAACAACGAAUGGGGUUUGUUAUUGGCAAGAGGAUUUGGAAGCUCGUCAAAUUCAUAAAGAGGAUAAUGGGGUUUUUGUUGAUGCUGCUGCUCCUCCUCAGCCAUUACUGCAGCAACAAACUUCCUUCACGUCUCUGCUAACGAUGCCGCCUCAUGUGGGUCUGAAAUACAGCGAGCGCAUUGGUGAUGAAACUAAUGUUUGUGAUGGUAACCCAACUCGUCAAGGCAUUCAAAUUUGGGACUUUAAUUUAGGACGCUUAAGGGGACACAAAGAUUCGAGUUCAUUUGAAGAGGCCUAUGGCACUGGCAACAUGGGAUUUACCAUUAAGAAUUUUGAUGAGUUUUUGAAAGAAACAUCCCCAACAAGCCCCAAGUUGCUAGGAGAAACCUAUCAGAUCAAUUGCUCAGGCACACAUGAUGAUAUACCAUCAUUCAAUGGUAAUAUCAACAACACAACGCUAAGUCAGGGGGCAGCAACAUGCGAGAGCGGCAAUCCGUCAAAGAGCAAGCUGAAAUGUGGUUAUAAAAAUGCACAGCCAAUCGAAAAACCCAUUAUUGUAAAUGUCGACAGCAUAUUGUCGACAUCGACAACCAAGGCCGACUUAGAGCUUCUUGCACAGAACAGAGGCAACGCAAUGCAGCGUUACAAGGAGAAACGAAAAACUCGAAGGUACGAUAAAUACAUUCGUUACGAGUCGAGGAAGGCGAGAGCGGAUACAAGGAAGCGAGUGAAGGGUCGGUUUGUGAAGGCUAGUGAAGCCCCUGUUUUUUGAUGAUCAACUUCCAUGGUUGAAAGUAGGUAUUUACUUUGUUGAUGUUGUAGUUCUGUGUGUAUAUAUUUAAUUUUGCCAUUCCUUCCACUUAAUAUUUGUUCUAACGUUUUAGCAGGUGCAAAUGCACGUGAUAAUUAUCUUGUGUUUUUUAGAGAUAGGUAGAGAUUAAUGUUAUGCAUUAUAUAAAUGAUGUCAA